AAAUAUGAUUUGCAAAUCUUUAAAGACAGGUGGAAUUUUUUCCUUAAAAUUGAAAACUAAGCAUCUCCCACCUCAGUCUUAUCUUCUCUGACCUCUGGAGGGCAGAGAUGAGCCUCCACCUCCAUGUGUGAACGCUUGCCAAGCAGCUGCAGGCUCACAUGUACAGAGUGAGCCAAGGUCCACGUGCGUCUUUCUUCAAGAUCGCACUGCUCAUGCCUGUCCUCAAUCAAAAUUAAUCCCAGAUUAAAGGGGGCAUCCCACCCAUAUAAUUCUGUCAAUGCUGAGUUAUUUCAUGAAAUCUGCUUCUAUUUGGGUAUAAUUGACAUAUGUGUAUUAUAUUCUAUAAUAUCAUCUUUUUUAUUUCAAUUUUAUUUAUUCAAUUAACUAAAAUCCUAAAUUCUUUUGGCACAUUUAUGUUCCAAACGCAAAUAUAUUUUACAAGGGGCCUUGCUGGUAUUCAUACACAAAAAAAAUAAUUUAUCAGUAUUUUUACUGUGCAAAAACAGCAUCAGAGUAAAAGGUUCCCAAAAGGUCACUUGGAGCUUUACAGGGAAGUCAGGCCAACACCAAUAAUGCAUUAAUCUCUUGGUAUUUUGGAAGCACAUUUUCCAACAUGAAUGUGCAAGCACCAAAACUCCACGACCCAUGUUUAUUCUGUUUAUAAGAAUACGACAGGAUUUAAAGCGUAUUUAAUGAAAAUAUUGUUUUAUUAUUUAAUUCCAGAAGAAGAGCUUCAGCAAUUCUUCAUCUAGUUUCAGAACUGAGCACACAGAGUCCUUAAGGUCAGUGUGUGCAGAUGUCACCCAGGACAUACGGCUGCAUCUGUCUCCGUUUGAUGAGAUCAUUCGCAUCCUCCCCAUGCCACCGGGAACAACUUAGGGAGGAAAAUCCUUCAACGUAUAAAAGUAGGAUGUAGGGUUUUUAUUUUUAUCUGGUCCCAGCGAUGAUGAAACUGCUGGCUGUAUUAACUCCACUGUGCUGCCUCCAGUUUGUAGGUUACUGAAAGAUUUCACCACCCACAGAAAAGAAGAUUAGAGAGGAAUUAAUGGUAUUCCUUUGUCAUUAUAGAAACAAAUUGAUAUUUGGUUUUAAAUCGGAGGGAGGGGACAGCAGGGAGCCACAUGUUGCGUCAGGACACAUAAGCAGAGGGAUGGCACAGUGACGAGCAAACUUAGCCACGAUGAUGCCUGAGCUGUGGAGCUAAGCACUGGAUAUCUGAUCUGAUGCCUAACAGGAGAUGAGAGCGUGGGAUAUAGCGGCUUCAGCUUUUUGGUGGCAGGGCAGGAUGAGUGCCUCCGGGACAUGGAUGCAUCCGUGAAGGACGGGGACCUCCGUGGAUCUCCCUGAGCGAGACGCCGACCAGCUGGGAGGGACAUUUGGGUUCCUCUUGUGUCUCAAGUCCCGUCUCAACCAUGAGAUUGGCCCUCCUGGCCUUAAGACUGAUGUGCUUGGCCUGGCUGUGGCCUGUCACUCAGCUCAACAGCAGCACUUUUCCCAAAAAGAGGAGACACAAGGAGCUCUACGUCGGAGAGAACUCUAAACUAAAGCAUGGGGACACUAAGCUAAAGCAUGGAGGAAGAGUUGAUCUUAAGAUGAAAAAGCUGGAUAGCACCAAGUCCCUAUUAAUUAAGUCUGAGCAGCUUCUUCGGAUUGAAGAUCACGACUUUGCAAUGCGCCCCGGUUUUGGAGGCUCAGCCCUUCCUGUCGGCAUAGACGUCCAGGUGGAGAGCAUCGACAGCAUAUCGGAAGUAAACAUGGACUUCACAAUGACACUUUAUCUGAGACACUACUGGCAGGAUGACCGACUGGCCUUCCCCUCUAGCAGCAACAAGAGUCGCACAUUUGAUUCACGCCUUAUCAAGAAAAUUUGGGUUCCAGAUGUGUUCUUUGUCCACUCCAAACGGUCCUUUAUCCAUGACACAACCAUGGAAAACAUCAUGCUGAGGGUUUUUCCUGAUGGCAACAUUCUCUACAGUGUCCGGAUCACUGUGACGGCGCUCUGUUCAAUGGACUUCAGUAGUUUCCCUUUGGACACACAGAACUGCUCUCUAGAGCUGGAGAGCUAUGCAUACAAUGAGAACGAUCUAAUGCUCUACUGGAAGAACGGGAAUGAUUCGUUGAGGACUGAUGAGAUUGUGCUCUCUCAGUUUUUUGUUGAAGACUUCCAGCCGUCCUUUGGGCUCGCCUUCUACAGCAGCACUGGUUGGUACAAUCGGCUCUACAUCAACUUCAUUCUGAGGAGGCACAUCUUUUUCUUCAUGCUCCAAACCUACUUUCCAACCAUGCUGAUGGUCAUGCUGUCUUGGGUUUCCUUCUGGAUCGACAGGAGGGCUGUGCCUGCACGUGUCUCUUUGGGCAUCACCACGGUUCUGACCAUGUCCACCAUCAUCACCGGCGUCUCAGCCUCCAUGCCGCAGGUCUCAUACGUCAAAGCCGUGGACAUCUACUUGUGGGCCAGCUUCCUGUUCGUCUUUCUGUCUGUCAUCGAAUACGCUGCCGUCAACUAUUUCACCACGGUGGAGGAGAUGAAGAAGCUAAAGAACGCAAAGAUUCCCAGCUCCUAUAACGCUAACCAGGCUAUGGCCUUCGAUGGGUGUUUCCAUGACAACGACAUUGACCUGCCCUCUUUCCCCGAGGCGGCCAGCACCCCGAACACAGAGAGAAACACGCAAUCUCGAAACUCCACCAUCUCUGCGCCUUCAGAGGGGACCAGGCUCCGCCGCCGGAACACGAUAAAACACAACCUCAACUUCAUCAUGAGCAACAGCUACAUGAUCGACUCCUACUCCAGAGUUAUAUUUCCUUUGGCUUACCUGCUCUUCAACAUCAUUUACUGGAGCUUGUAUGCAUAGCGCAACGAACAAGAGACACAAUAGGGUUUUGUUUUUUUAAGAAGUUCCAAAACACAAUGUGCUGUAAAAAAAUGUUACCAUUACAAUAAACGCAGCAUAACCUGUUUAUAUCUAUAGGUCCCCAAAUAUGUCCGUGAUAACAAGAACUUCCUCUUCUGAAGGUUUUACAGUCUUUUAUUCUGAAAACGGAAAUGGACUAAAGUGGAGCAAAGUAAGACAACAUGUUUGAAUGGAUGUUUAUGCCUGUUUUUGACUGGCAGUUUUUUAAGAGACAUUUUUAAACAUUUUUUUGACAUAAGAUAUAAAAUUAUUUAAUUAACUAUACAGCUGAAGAUUUAGAACAAUAAAUACUAUCUAGCCUUUGUGUUAUUUUUAUGAUGCUUUAACUAUUUUCAACCAUAACCUGUAGCUGUCUCAAUGAAUUUCUAAAAUCUAUGCUUGGAAAAAUAAACAAUUUCUUAA